AUGACGAGUCCAUCACCUCCACCUGCGGCUCCUGUCGUGUCACAGUCGUCGUUGUCACCGGCGCCGAUUGCUCAAGAUGCUAUCGGUGAGGUUGAUGGAUGGAUUGAAACUCUGAUGCAGUGCAAACAGCUCAGCGAAGCAGACGUAAAGAGACUAUGCGAUAAGGCUAGAGAAAUCUUGCAGGCGGAGGAGAACGUGCAGCCCGUGAAAUGUCCUGUUACUGUCUGUGGUGACAUCCACGGACAGUUUCAUGAUUUGAUGGAGCUCUUCAAGAUUGGUGGAAACUGCCCAGACACAAACUACUUGUUCAUGGGUGAUUACGUCGACCGUGGAUACUACUCUGUCGAGACUGUUACCCUUCUCGUUGCCCUGAAAGUCCGUUACAGGGACCGUAUUACCAUCCUCCGCGGUAACCACGAAUCCCGCCAAAUCACCCAAGUCUACGGUUUCUACGAUGAAUGUCUCCGCAAAUACGGUAACGCCAACGUCUGGAAACACUUCACCGACUUAUUCGACUACCUCCCACUCACCGCUCUCAUCGAGAACCAAAUCUUCUGUCUCCAUGGAGGUCUAUCCCCCUCCAUCGACACUCUCGACCACAUCCGCGCCUUGGACAGAAUCCAAGAAGUCCCACACGAGGGACCCAUGUGUGAUCUCCUCUGGUCAGAUCCCGACGACAGGUGCGGUUGGGGUAUAUCGCCACGUGGAGCCGGAUACACUUUCGGACAGGAUAUCUCGGAAGUGUUCAACCACAAUAACGGCCUCACGCUCGUUGCGCGUGCGCAUCAGCUUGUGAUGGAGGGAUUCAACUGGAGUCAGGAGCGGAAUGUCGUUACGAUCUUCUCAGCACCUAACUAUUGUUAUCGAUGUGGUAACCAGGCUGCGAUUAUGGAGAUUGACGAGCAUCUUAAGUACACCUUUUUGCAAUUUGACCCGGCACCGCGGACUGGAGAGCCCACUGUCAGUCGUCGUACUCCCGACUACUUCCUUUAA